AUGAAUGAUUACGCACCUUUCACUCGACAAGGUGGAGGGCGCCGCGAGAGCGAGGCGGGAGGCUGCGCGUGCGUCCCUCCCGCGCCCGCGCCGCCCCAUCCUCUACGCGCCCUCGAUGACAUGCCGCCGGUGCUCAGAUCAAAUCCUCUGUACACGGAGGAGGAAGAGCAAGAGGUAGUGAUCAUCGUGGAUGAGGAGGUGGCAGAUGAAUCUGUAGAUGCUUCUCGAGUGCCUCGCAGAGCUCCCUCGACAUCGUCAGGAUAUGGCAGUGCUGGGGGAAGCCAUGGUCGGGUGUCACCCAACUUACCAAAGAGUGAGGAGUUCGAAGAGCCAAUCCAUGGGCUCUCCGAUUCGGACAAGAAUGGAUCUCAAAGCACGUCGGAUUCUGAUGGAAGUCCAUCGUGUACGUUGUCGAGGAGCUUGAAAGAAGACAUACGAGCAUGUCUUGGAGGGUGCAAGGAAUAUACAGAAAAACCACCAAUAAGAUGGGAGAAGGACGUUGGUCACGUCGUCGAGGCGGCUAUCCGAGGGGCUGGCGGCAUCAGCGCCGCUAGAGCUCGACUCCACGCCGCUUUACUUGCUUUACACGAACCACAAGUGCAUAGAGGACCCAGUCUCCCAUACUGUGGACCUGGAGUCAGACCUGGAGAUGUGACCAUGAUGCCCAAGAAUGAAAUGUCUCUAUUGGCGACCAGUGCCCUAUUCACUUUGGAUGGGGCUAGAGGAGAAGAACUAACUAGAAGGCUGGCACGAGGAGAACGAAAACGAAGAAGAUGUAGGGCAAUACUGGCUGUUUUUGCUGUCCUUCUACUAGUCGCAGCAGUAGGGGCUGUUGAGUUGCUUAUGUCGAGGGGGCAGAGAGUUUUUGGGGCAGUUCUCCGC